AUGACUUACACUCGUUCCAAUGAGCACGUCAUGUUUACAUACACUAUCAAUGAUAUUGCGCUAAAGCAGCCAGAUGACUGUGUUAUGGACUUUGGUAUAACUUUUGAUCGAUUGCUUACUUUUUGUACUCAUAUUGAGAAAGUUAUUUGUAAGGCUUUGAAGCUUCUCGGUUUUGUGAAAAGAAUUUCGGCUGAAUUUAAACUGCCCAGCUCUCUUGAGACGUUAUAUUGCUCUUUUGUUCGGUCUGUGUUGGAGUAUGGGGUAAUUGUUUGGGAUCCGUGCACAUUCGAUGGUAGUAGUCAACUGGAAAGAGUUCAGCGUAAAUUUUUGAAAUUUGCCGCUUUCGCAUUACGCAUUGAGUGA